AAACGACUUCUUAGUGGCCAGUAGGGGGGGCAGUGUGUUAGGGGCUUCCAGUGUUCUGUGAAUGUGAACGUUAUGAAGCUACAUGUCUGAGGCCAAGAGGGCGUAACUUUACUUGACGUCUACAGAGGAUGUUUUGGUGCCAGCUUUCUUGAGCAUUGCAAUACUUGUAAAUUAUUUGGGCUGUCGGCCGAAAUUAAGACAUGAAGAAAUUCAUAGAACAAUGGAGAGUGAAUUUUGUAUAUUAAAUGACACAGAAGAUCUGAAAACGUUGAUUUCAAACACCGAGGAGAGUUUGCAAUUUGAAAGAUUCAAGACAUUGUUUGAGGAGAUUCGUGCCUCCAUCAACAAUAACGAUGAGGAAGAGCGUUCCUUCUGGAGGCCAGUGCUUCCAUGGGGCGGUGUCUACACCAUCAGGGCAGGGAGGAAGGCGAUCUCCUGCACACCUCUGUACGUCAAGAUAAACCUGAAGAAUACCUGCACCAUCGAUGGGUUUCUUAUGAUCCUCUAUGUCAUUCUGCGAGACAAUCAAGGUUUUCCCAGGGAAGUGGGUGUGUUCCUGGGGAAGCAGUUUGUGGAACAUUUCCUCUACCUAAUGGACUCGUAUGACUACACUACAGUCAAGAUGUUGUGGAUAUGGGACAGGAUGUCUAAGAGCCAGUACCGCUCUCUCAUCCAUCAUGCGGCGCUGGAGAUUGAUCUUUUCGGCAACGAGCAUGAGAACUUCACAAAGAACCUGGAGAACCUAAUGUCCACCAUGCAGGAGAGCCUCUGUACCAACUGGAGCUGCCCUGGCCGCUUCCAGGAGUUCAUCCAGAGGACCAUCCACAUCAACCCUCCUCAUGAGCUGCCUCACAGAGAUCCCAUCCAGUCAGCAGUGGACAUGUUCUUCUGUCCCAAGAUCCUCCUCUGCAGGGAGCUGGGGUGUAACGGGCUGAGAGAGUUCUCCCAGAGGAUGUUCUGCCACGGCCCUCCUCCCUUCGUCAUCCUCAACAUGCAGCUGUGGAAGUCGGAGGAGCUGUCCUACGUUCCCUACCACUUGGCACUGUCCCAGCAUAGGUACUCACUGGAGGGCGCCACUCUCUUCAACAAGGAGGAGCAUCACUACUCAGCAGCCUUCCAGAUCGACGGCUACUGGAUGCACUAUGACGGGCUGCGGAGCGACAACCUCAUCCUGCUGCACAAGCCCCCCGAGCUGCUGCUGCUGUCCUCCCUCGUCUACAUCCGCGCCAGCGACAAGCCCUGACGGCCUGCACAUACUUGCUGGGCGAGAGACAGGCUGGUAGGGGAGAGACAGACAGGCUGGUAGGGGAGAGACAGACAGGCUGAUAGGGGAGAGACAGACAGGCUGGUAGGGGAGAGACAGACAGGCUGGUAGGGGAGAGACAGACAGGCUGAUAGGGGAGAGACAGACAGGCUGGUAGGGGAGAGACAGACAGGCUGAUAGGGGAGAGACAGACAGGCUGAUAGGGGAGAGACAAACAGGCUGAUAGGGGAGAGACAGACAGGCUGAAAGGGGAGAGACAGAUAGGCUGAUAGGGGAGAGACAGACAGGCUGAGAGGGGGAGAGACUGACAGGCUGAGAGGGGGAGAGACUGACAGGCUGAGAGGGGGAGAGACUGACAGGCUGAGAGGGGGAGAGACUGACAGGCUGAGAGGGGGAGAGACUGACAGGUUGGAAGGGAGAGAAACAGACAGGUUGGGAGGGAGAGAGACAGGCUGAUAGGGGAGAGACUGACAGGCUGAGAGGGGAGAGAGACAGACAGGCUGGGGACCAUGUAUCCAUGUAUCACCACUCUUAAGAGUGAAUCACACAGUCUUAUUAUCUAGUCAUACAGAAAGCAUCUGCAUGCCCCACCUUAGGUCUCAUGUCAACAGCCUCUUUAUUUACCCUCGAAUCACUUUCAAUGAUGUGCUCUAUUUUGCCUGAUUGCUUGUGAAAAGCUUUUCACAAACGAAUUUGCUUCUUUUCUUUGUAAAUUCUUGGAAUCCAAGAUUAUACUGUACAUAGGGACUAUAAUAGUUCUGGGCUGGUAUACAUUCAUGAUACUGCUUAAAUAGUACACUUUAAACCCAUAUAUUUCUUUAUUUCUUGCUGGGGUAUGAGACCAAUGUUAUUAUUUCCAUAUUAAACCAUUCUGACCCAUUAUCAUUCUGACCCAUUAUCAUUAUGUUUGAAAUGAGCUGUGCAUACUAUCCCAUUAUCAUUAUGUUUGAAAUGAGCUGUGCAUAUUGGCCUGUCAUCAAAACAAACUGGUGCUCUCUCAGUCUCCACUGCAGCUUAAAAGGAUUUUGUCAAAUUUUAAUGUCUACAUUUGUGGAAGUCAUUUUCAGCUAAUGUUGGUUCUGGUUGAGGUGGAAUUUGUUAUUCUUACAGACCAUAGAAAUACCCUGGCACAGUGACCCUGCCCGCCUGCCACACUUCUAUGGUGGAAUGUAUAUGUUCUUAUGCUGAACAAGUGACAAAAACAUGAUAUACAGAUUUUACUUUAAUUUUAAAACUGAAAAUGGCAUUCCCCAUGUUUCUUAACCUCACUGUGUGCCUCUGACCAUUUGAAAACAUGAUCCUUGUCAAAACUCACAUUUUAAUUUCUUUAAACAUCCCUGGUUUGUCCAUUUUCUAUGCAGCUAUUGUUCUUUUUAAAAGCAAUAAAACUAUUUUAUAUUUCUGCA